UAGAGCCAUUCUUGCUUCCUCCCGCCCCCUUUUGCUCUCCCCACACUACACAUGCUCAUGGCCCAUGGGGUGUGUGUCUGCACUCACCUCUCAGGACUGACAGAAGCUCUGCAAGCAGUCUAGGCAACGGUGGAGGACUGAACAUACAGGGAUGGGACGAGACUAUUGAAAGAAACUAAGAGCCAAGAAACAUUAAAAGAGAGACACAGAAUCACAGAAAGAAAAAUGGUUGCAGAGGAGGUAGUGGUGACCCUGCCAGGAGGUGCACCAUGGGGUUUCCGAUUACAAGGAGGAGCUCAGCACCAGAAACCACUCCAAGUGGCAAAGGUGAGGAAGCGCAGUAAGGCCUGCCGGGCUGGGCUCAGAGAGACUGAUGAGCUGGUGUCAAUCAAUGAUGUAUCCUGUGGAACACUGUCUCAUGCUGAGGCUAUGAAUCUGAUUGAUAGCGGCAGAGGAACCCUCCAUCUGCAAAUUAAAAGGGCCCCAGCUGCAUAUCAGUCAGUGGUGCUUCUGGGUCGGGCCCCCUCCCCCCGUAUUGAUAAGGAGUACCAGGCAGCCUUGAGAGCCCUGUCGCCUCCACUUACCUCUAAACGGUCCGGUGUCAACAGAGCAUCGCUCAUGUCCGCCACCGGUGGCCUCGAGUGGCUUACAUCCCCUCCAGACAGUGAAGCUUACUACGGUGAGACAGACAGUGACGCAGAUGUGGCGGCACAAGAGAAGCAGCGUAGACAGAGACGACGAAGCCCCAGUAGCUCUCCUGCCAAGAGCCCUGGCCAAGCCUCACCCCAGGAGGAGGAGACUUCGGAAAUUAGUGGCUAUGAGAGCGCCCAGUAUGUCUGUAUGUACCCUCAAACACAGAGCUGGCCUGUAUCUGAUCUAGAGGGAAUGGGGACUCAGCAACAGCCUGAAAUGCCCGGGGUGGCCCGCAGAGAGGUGGUCUACCGAUCCCCACAGGAUGAAUGGCCACACCAGGCUGAAAAUUCCUCUGAGAAUUCUGACCAAAGUCCAUCAGGAGCUGCUGAAGUGGACAGUGGCUUCCAGGAGCCCCCCACUGUCCCACCUCCACUUGUUUCUCCAGAGCGGGCAAAAGAGGCUCUCAUGCUUGCAUCUCACAGACAGAUGGUACCCAUGGUGGGCCCUGUGGACAACCCAGUUGAUGAAGAACUCACAGUAACGUACAUGGACAAGGCCAAGCAAGCUAAGCUACACAGAGGUGAGAGUGUACAAGAUAAGCAGGUGAAGGAGGCCCGAUCCAAAUGCAGAACUAUUGCUUCGCUCUUGACAGAUGCUCCUAAUCCUCAUUCUAAAGGUGUGCUUAUGUUCAAGAAGCGACGCCAGCGUGCCAAGAAGUAUACUCUCACCUGCUUUGGCAGCGUAGACGGAGAAAGCUGUAGUAACACAGAGGGAGAAACCGAGGACGAAAGCCUGUUUCCUGGGAGCGAAUCUGAACUUGACGAGGACGGUUUUUCUGCUGCACCAGACCCUACUUGGGAUAGUGGUUACCUGGACAUUCUAGACAAGAGAACUUCAGCAUGUGUUGUGCCUGACAGAGAUGCAGAGAAUAGUCCAGGCCUAAAUGCCACUUCAGGAAAAGGAGCCCAGCUUUUUGAACAACAGAGGAAAAGAGCAGAAGAACAUAAGUCAAAUCUGGUUACGCCCACUGCUUUCUCCAUGCCACAGUAUCAGGGAGACUCAACCCUGACAUAUACCCCAGUUAUUCCAGUCACACCCCUAACUUCUCAUAGUAACAGUAUGGUAAACGUGGAACCUUUGGUGGUGAGCAGGACAAGUGUUGUGUUGUCACAGACACCUAUGCCAUCCAUGGCAGGAGCAUUACCAGAGCAAGCAGACUCAUCGGCUGCCAGCUCAGUGCACAACAGAACUGCCAGGCCAUUUGCCCCUAGUUGUGUGAGCCACCGAGCAGCAACUGCUCCAGUAGUCUUCAGGCCCAGCCCUGCCAAAAAGGUUGGAUCACAGGCUCAGGCUGUGUCUGUGGCAAAUAUUCCAACUCCCUUCUCUCCUGCUGGCUCAGAAGGGAAGAAAGCCAUCUCUACAACAUCACUGUAUAUCCCUGCCAGACCAGCCACCUACAAUGGUCCUUCCUCUGUGCUCUCUCCAUCCUCAAUCGCUUCAGGUCCAUUUUCUCCUCCUCCUUCAAAUGCUCCACUCUACUCCCCAAACUAUUCCAGCACCUCAGCCCCUUUUUCUCCAACAUCUUCUCAUGUAACAUCUUUGAGUUCCCCUUCUGGUAUGGCUCAGCCUUACUCUCCUCCCCAAACACAGGCAAUGCCACUCAGUCCUCCAUAUCAUCAUGUGGUUUGUACCCAAUAUCAGCCACCUCCACAAGUUCAUGUGCCAGCACAGCCUUUCUGUCCCCCGUUCACAAAUGCCCCAGGUCUUCCCAAUGCCCCUGCCCCUGCUCCUGUCCAUGCCUUUGCUCCUGCAACACCAAAUGUGCAAUCUUCCCCAGCACACAAAGUCUCCUUCAACCCAUACAUUUCUGUGGCAUCCACUACUCCAGGAACACCAAAUGCACCAGUUGCCCAGCAGUAUUCUCUCUCCAACUCCACUGAUGGGAUCUCUUCUCGAGAGCAGCGGGUCUCAGUCCCUGCUGGCCGCACUGGCAUCCUGCAGGAUGCUCGUCGUCAUGGCACCAAGAAACCAAUGUUCAGUGCUAAUGAGGAGAAGAAGGCUCCAUCUUACAACCCUGAGCUAAUGUCUCUAGUGCAGAACUUGGAUGACAGGUCCCGUUUGGGUGUAGAGGCUGGGUUUGAGUCUGGCCCCGAAGAAGAUUUUCUCAACCUGGGUGCAGAAGCUUGCAACUUCAUGCAGGCACAGAGGCACAAGAUGCCACCACCAGUGGCUCCUAAACCAGCUCAUCCAGCUCCUGAGAUGCCUCAGAUGCAAGGUAAAGGUGCGGAGCUGUUUGCACGCAGACAGAGUCGCAUGGACCGCUAUGUGGUGGAUAAACAGCCCAAAUCUCCAGCGCAUCCUCGUGAUCCUUCACCUACACCCUCCCUCCCAGUUCACUGGAAAUACACUCCAAACAUCCGAGCUCCACCACCCAUUAAUUAUAAUCCACUGCUGUCACCUUCCUGCCCUCCAGUGGCCCAGCGUGGCACCAAGGCUAAUGAUGCAAACAAAGUUGGGGUUAAAACAGUGCCUGGCCAACGCAAACAGGGUAUAAAGGCUCUUGACUUUGUGAGCAGGCAGCCAUACCAGCUCAACUCAUCUUUGUUCAGUUAUGGAGGUGGAGUCCUUCAAAACACUGCCACUUAUCAGCAGCAGCAGAAUGGGGUUGGCAUGACAGGUAAUUCCCUUAAUGGACCAAAGCAGGUCCCUGUUAAAUCAAGCCGUGUGUAUGAAAUCAAACGUUUCUCCACACCUACUCCCAUGUCUGCACCCACAUCUCUGACACCUACUGUAAUCGCCCCUCGCUCUGCCACAACUCUCGGUGAGCCGAUGUGGCGCAGUGAUGUCACUUCCCCACCUCCUGUUGCUCCAAGACCUGCAGCGCCAUUCUCGCCACCACCUCCUGCCCCGACAGCAGCCCUGCCUGCUCUCCCCAAAAUAUCCUCUGCCCCUGUGACCAAUUCAGUGCCCAUCCCACAACCCACUCCUGGGCAGGCCUACACCCCAUUCCAAGCAGCCAAGCAGUUUAAGAGCGCCCCUGAGCUGAGUCCCCUGUCUGCUGGUGUGCGAUCCUCAGGGUCUGGGAGCAGCCAGAACCUACGGGUACCCAGACCCCGCUUCAGUACGUCAAGCAUGGGUCUGCAACCAAAUUUGCGGAGGCCUGGCUCCAUACAUUACUGAGAAUCCACUGUGACAGUAAUUACCACCCUGGGCAAGAGCACUUGAGCUCUGCUUGAGCUCUGUUCUGCUAAAUGAAUUGUUAGACUACAGUAAUAUAAGAAAAAACAUCAGUCAAAUAAAUUUUUUUUUUGCAUGUUCACAAUUUUCAGUCACAAUUAUUAUAAAAAUAGAGUAUGCAGCAACAUCAUAGAUUCCUACGUCUGUAUAUGUAUUGUUCAGUUUCUUCACAAUGUUGAGAUAUUUAUGUACUAUUUUAUGUACAUGUUUCUAUUUCAGUUCACAUCUCAUUUAUUUUACACCAAAUCAACAUGUUUAACCCACAGAAAGAACUGCACAGAGUAACUACUUAUGAGAGCAACUAAAUAAAAUAAUGGCAUUAAUGUCUAAUAAUAAUCGGGUUUGACAUUAUAUGUACUGGGGCCACAAUGAAAAUAAGUGAUAAUAAUCAAUUGUUUUGCUAUUUUUUUCACUUGGGGCCAUAAGGAUGGAGUGAUAAAGGGUAAGUAAACUAUAUACAGUAUAUGUUACAGAAUCCAUCUGUGACAGAAGAUGAUGGAGCACAGAAUCAUUGAAGAUUUGUGUACAAGUGGUAUAGAAUGUUCCAAGAUAUGUAUCUGCCCAAGUUAUAUCAAAGUCUCAGUGACAGAGAGAUGAAAGAAGUGUACAAAGAAUGUGACAGCAGCUUGAAAAAAAAAAAAAAGAAAAAUCCUCAAGUGGAGAGAUGGUACAAACCACCCCCUUGCUCUACUCUUGCUCUUGAAUUGUUAUCUCUUCUGGCCUCUGCCAUGUCCUUUACUUGUGAUGUUAUCCAUUCUUUAUCUCUCUAAACAUCUCUUGAGGUUGGACUGCAGGCCUGUGUUUGUCUAGAGCAUUGCACAAAAGCCUUUGCUUCUUGCUUGACGAGGAUCAGUAUGGAUGCUUGAUGCAUGUGCUCAUUUUAUCCUCAUAAUGCUGUGUAUGCUGAGGUUUUGACUAAGCAUUUAGAAAGGCAUGUGAACUCCACUGCAGGGAAUUGUGCUGGGGCUUUUUCAUAGGACAGCUGAAAAAACUACACUAGAUGACAAGUUCUGAAAGCGGUGCUUUAUCUUUAUGACAUAUUAUGCGAAUGUGACAUCUGACCACUUUCCCUGGUGCUUGCUCUCAUUGUGAAUGAUGCUUUUGCCAAACAGGUAUGACAUCCAUUUCAAUCACUUGUGUGAGCUGUUCAACUGCAUUUGUGAAAUUGUAUGCCUAGUUGAACUUUUCUUGCUUUGCUUUUUAUGAGAAAAUACCCUAUGGCUUUGGUGGGAUGAAACAACAUGAAAUGGUGGGUACCAUUUCUCUACUAAGGAUAAGAAGGUUGAUCGGAUGUAAAGCUAUAAUGUACCUUGUUGUCAAGUAGAAAGUGGGAGGUAUGGAUAUGGGAGGUAUGAAGCAAGAUAUAAAACUGAUAUAAAAUUUAAAAGCAAAAAUAGAGAGGAAAGUGCCUUUUUCACUUUU